CAACAUCAGGAAUACAGGAAGAAAGGGAGGAGGACGCAGGCCCUCGCUGCAUACCACUCUGAAAGGAAAGGUUGAGAGGCGGGGUGACUGAAGAAAAAGGGGAGUAUCCCGUCUCCUCUGUCCUUCUGUGCUGCUGCAACCCCACCCCUUUACCAUCCUCCCUCGCUCUCUGAUUCUCCUUCUCUCUAUUCCCCUUACUCAUCUGUUUCUCUGGCUGCACGCAGAGGACGGGCACCUGCCGCUCCCUGAUGAUUCAGCCUUUCAGUUGCUCAGAGCUCUGCAGACCAGACAGCAUGUCCGUCCUGGCACUGCAGUGCCCGUCCGUCCCGUCCGUCCCAUCCUCAGCACCACAGCGUCUGCAGCUGCAGCCGGCCCGGCACUCCGACACCGCCUCUUCUGCCCAAGUGCUCAGCCAAUUUGAUUAUUCUAUUUUUAGACCCUGUGAAUGCGUUUGGUGUGAGCAUGAAUGAGGAACUCGUUUCACAAGGUUAAACUCACACUGAAGAGCUUUUUUUUUUUUAAUUUUGCAUCCUGUGAUGGAAGACGUGCUCGAUCAGACUGGUGGCAGACAGCCACCAUGUGAUGCUCUCAGUUAAUACUUUCAGUGUUCAGAGAUCCUUCAGCCAGCAGUUGGGGAGGGUAACUGAGGGAAUGGAGGACAUCUCUACAGGGCCGGCCUCCCCCACUGGCUCCGCCGUUGAUUUUGGACACGUCCCUGAGGAGAAACGGGAGGAGACCGUGGCAGGUGGUGAGAGUCGGGAGGAGGGCACGGAAGGAAAUGCAGAGGGAGGUGGAGGCGAGGAUGGGGAUCAUCCAGGGGCUUUGGGAAUUGUGGCCUUGCCUGGAGCAUGCUGUGUGUGCAUAGAAAUGGAGCAGAUCAUCGGCUGCCUGCACUCAGAGAAAAUCUGCAUUCUGCCCAUCCUGGCAUGUCUGCUCAGCCUGGCCCUGUGCACCGCCGGCCUCAAGUGGGUCUUUGUGGACAAGAUCUUUGAGUACGAGCCUCCCACACACUUAGACCCCAAACGUAUCGGACAAGAUCCGUUCAUCAUAUCAGUGGACCCUACGGUGGGACCGAACAUCUCAACUCCUCACCCGUCUCCAUCUGCGACGCCUUUGAGCACCGCCAUAGCGGCUACCCCAGGACGUCCUGAGGUCACAGUGAAAGAGAAAACCACGAGGGGGCCAGAUGUACCUCAGUCUCCUUCAGUGACGCUGAAAUACAACUCUGACCGACCCACUGUCCCCAAACAGACCCCGUCCUUGCGGACAACAGUGGAAUUAAACGACAUCUUCAUCCCGACACUCUCUGCCACCAGCAAGACCACCACCACAAAGACAUCCAGUCAUGUGACUCGCUGCAGCAACAGCCAGAAAAAUUACUGUGUGAAUGGAGGAGAAUGCUUCACCCUUGAAAUCAUGCCAGGCAGCACUAAAUUUCUCUGCAGGUGUCCAAAUGAAUUUACUGGUGAUCGCUGCCAAAACUAUGUAAUGGCCAGCUUUUACAAACAUCUUGGGAUUGAAUUUAUGGAAGCCGAGGAGCUGUAUCAGAAACGUAUAUUAACAAUAACAGGGAUCUGCAUUGCACUCCUUGUCGUUGGAAUCAUGUGUGUGGUUGCCUACUGCAAAACAAAGAAGCAGAGGAAGAAGCUCCAUGACCGUCUGAGGAGGAGUAUGAGGAAGAAGAGGAACAAUGCCACGAGCUCAGCCAGAGAACCUUCCCAUAUGCCUCUUCAAGACUUGCAGCUUGUUAAUCAGUGUAACGGGAUGACUAUGCAGCAUGCAUCAGAGAAGGAGCCAGAAACAUCCUUCUCCACAAGUAAACCUGCCUUAACUGUGCAUGAAACCGCUUCCCUCAGCCACACCCCCAGCCACGCCCCCAGCCAAAGGUUCCUGUCUGCUUUGACUAUGCCUCCUGCAACUCCAGGAUCUCCUCCAUCAGAGAUGUCAGCCCCCUUGUCCAGCCUGGCAGUCUCCUUCCCCUCAGUGGCUUUAAGCCCCUCUGCUGAAGAGGAGCGCCCCCUGCUGUUGGCAACUACUCAUCAGCCACACAAGUCCUCAUGCCGAGAAGAACAGAAGAGGGUUUCUGCCCACUACAACCACGGCCAAUCGGCCCGCAGCUUGCCACCAAGUCCACUGUUUCCUGUGGAGGAUAAUGACUACCGACUAACCAGUGACAGUGACACUGCCGCUGCCACCCGAACCGCUAAUGACUACAGCAAGAACCCGUCACCUGAUGUGGAGUUUAGUGGUGACAGCAUGCUGGAUAGUGAAACAGAAGAGGCUCAGGGGGAGCACACUCCCUUCCUUAGCACGGACAGCGCUGCAGCCUUGUUGUUCCGGGCUGCAGACAGCAGCAGGACUACUCCAGCAUCACCCGGCGAUGACCUCCAGCUCAGGGCAUCUGGUGCCACCAAAGUAGAGCAAGCUGCUGUGUGAAACAAAACUGCUGAAAAGCUUUUGUCUCGAGAAAAAGGAAUAGUCCGAUUAAGCCUUUAUUUUCGAUAAAUUAUUUGCAGUGUAAAGACUUUUAAAGAUAAAUGAAAACUUUUAUUUUAGUUACAGUAUGUAGUGAAUAAAGAUUUUUUAAUAAGUAAAGAAUAGGUAAAGUGCCAUACACUAGUAUGCAGCAAUGGUUCACAGUAUAUAAGUGCAGAAAUAAUAUCAACGGUGCCUUUCUGUUUGGUACGCUUAAGGGAAUUGCAGCGCGUUGCACACUGGGCCAUAUAUUCACCACCUUAAACUUCCAGUGAACAGUCCUACCAGGGAUUUGCUGGCUGCAUUUAAUGACCUGCAGUUGUAAGUGCCCACUGACAUGACAGCUUACUUUCAAAGUGCAUGCUCAGUCCUCUCCAGCCAAUCAGCCCAGCCAACUAGCUGACGAUCACAUGUUCGUAGAUGUAAGAAAUUAUCAUUUGAAUUCAUCAACAGGCAAUAAAAUGACUCAUCUAAUCUGAUGUCCUGCUGGUGGAACACUGUUUGAACAGUCAGCUAAAGGUGCUCUUUAGUAUUAGUACAGAAAGGUAUUUAUAUGCUUAAAAGGCCAGAAAUGUUGCCGGUGCAGCAGAAUAUAAAAUUGACAUAUACGCUACAUUACUGACAACUUUUUUUUUUUGGAAACUUACAACUGAUCGCAGUGGAGUUAAAACCAGUUUGUCUUAUGAUACCUGGGUGUCAUUGGCUUCAGGUCAUUUUGAAUGUACCCUGUAAUAUUCAGUGAGUGAAUGAAUUGUAGUCCACUUCAUCCAAUAUGUGUACAAGAAAAAAACAAAAACAAUAAAUGCUUUCAUUUUGUAACCCACCAAAUUAAAAGGGCAUAUAAUGAGGGUGAACUGAUCAGAUGUAAGUUAACUUUGAUGCACCAAAUCAACUCCAAAACAACUUAUGAAGUAUACCAUAGACCUGCCACUUGCCGAGCACUGCCAUCUCUUGGACAUGUCCGGGCUUGUUGCAAGGAAUAAUCGUAUCAUCACAUGCGUGAUUGAAAUUAGGAGCAAGUGUGGUUGAAGUUACAAGCAGCUCGAAAUAAGCUUGUCAGUUUCUUUAAUUUAAAAAGUCUAGGUCUGAGUCCAUGCUGGGUGUCGGGCCUUAAUUAUCUUGCACCCUGCACACAAAGUGGCAGUCUCACUGGGAGAUUCCACCCAAGCCAUCAAAAAUAAAGCCACUCAGAAGAGGGGAAGGUUACAGUUCCUUGAAUGGCCACUUGUGGCUGGUUCCAAAAAUGAAAAGAUUCCCACAGAAACCCACAUUAAAAUGUCAAAGUUUAGAGGAGAAAGAAGCUUGUUUUACAGCCUCAUUCAAAAAUGGUUUUGGUGGCUUUAGCUAGUUUCCCCCUCCCUGUCAACUGCAUGGUGGUGGUGAUGGAGGUAAAUCAUGGAGAGAAAUGGAGAUAAUGAUGGAUGGAGAUAAAUCAUGUAUAAUUUGGGGUGUGGACGGUUUGAGUGAAACUUGUAUGUGCUGAGUUCAGACUCAAAGCUCUGCUAGCAGAGAUUGCUAGCUGUAUUUGGAAGUUGUUGUGGAGGAACAUGUCUGUCCUUUUUGAGCAUUUUAUUACAUAUAUCUGUAAUAAUAUGGUUUGCUGUUCAUUUAAUUGUCCUACCUAUCAGAUCACCUAAGAAGUCUGUGCUCCAGUAUUUCUGUUCAGAAAUGUUUUCAUUUUAUUUGUAAUGUUAGUGGCAUUAGCACUCUUAGCAGUCAUAAUCAGCUUGAUAACAUUAGGCCCACCUUCAAAAUGGUCUGCUGGGUCUCUUCAGAAAACCUAUGGGUGACGUCAUGGACACAUUGUCUGGUGUAUAUGCAGGAUACGGUUCCACGUGAUGCAGUUGUCAUUUUUAUGCAGAGUGCCCACAUGGUGUAGAAAUUAUGUGGGCAUGUUGCUUUAAAAAUGAGGUGUGGUCAGGUGCAUAGCUGGCACAUUUAUAUUGUCCAUCGUAUGAAAGCAUUUGUGCCUUAGAUGACCAAAAACCUUGAGUAAAGCGUGCAGCACAGGUUUACUACACACACACACACAGCUUCUCUGCACAUACUGUCUGCAGUCACGUGAGGUGGUGUGUUAGUUUGAACAUGAAGAUGUAUGGCUUCAGAUAGAGGAAUGCCAUGCACAGCUUUACACUCAGUUUUUGCACCUUCUCCAUCACAAGUAGGACUUGGACAAAUCAUUUGUAUCAAUCUGCACUAUUAGUUCUCUGCCCUCAUUAAAUUUGGGCCAAUAAAGUCAUCCGUUGAGUCCUGGGGGACUAAAUUAGAAUUUGAAUGUGAUAUGGAUCCAGAAUAACUUUAAUAUAUUUAUAAUCUCUCCCACUGAUUUCCAUAUUUUUGGAGCUUUGACAAACCUGCACCCCUUCCAUAUUUCAUCUUGGUUAAGGACAGAUACUGUAAAUAUGACUAGGACCUAGGUAGAGAUUUGCACUCUCUGAGUCCCCUCCAGUUAGCAUUUGGUGAUAAAACAAUCAGAGUAAUGUAUCAUGAUAAAAUUGUCAUUAAUAACAAUGAUAAGCUUUGGACAUUUAUACAUCAUUUAUACAAUCAUCUCAUAAAGUUGAGGAAAAAAGUUACACUUAGUUAGUUAGAGCAGGAUGACAAAAUACAGCUACAGAAAUAGCAAAUACAAAGAUACACCUCCUGCCCUGGCCUUUCAAAAUAAAAUCCAUAGACAUGUACUGCUGCUGCUGCAAUUAAAAACAACAGCAGCAACAUACAUUUCCACAACAUUUAGGGUAUACUCACAGUAGGUAUUCUGGACCGUGCCCGACCGUUACACCCCAAAAGUCCUGUUUGUUUGCUCUGUGACCUGAGAAGCUACCUGGGCUGGCCUGCAGGCACAUGUCUGGCCCAACUUGCACAGCUGGUCGAGGGUGCAGCCCAGCUGGGCUCAGCCACAUGCAAUUUUAUCACAAACAAGGCAGGAGCACAAAUAUAUCAUUACUGAGGUUUAAUUUAACAUUUACUGCUAAUAUUAUUUUUACUACUUGGAUAAUACAGUCUUCGGGUAAUUCAGCAACAUUUGGGUUAAAAAUAGGUCUGGUUUCUGACCUUAUCAUAUUCUAACUGAAAAGUGUUUGUCAAACUGUUUAAAACAAUUCCAAAGUAUGUCCCUUCAGCUUCUCUCACUCAGGGUCACCACAGCAGAUCUGAAGUGAAACUACAUGUUGAUUUGGCACAGGUUUUACACUGGAUGCCCUUCCUGAUGUAACUCCACUUUUUAUAUGGAGAAUGGGCCCUGAACCUUACUAAAUUACUCAAACAUCUGACAGAUAGAAAUAUACUGUUGUGAUGGAGUGGUAAGCAGACCUAUUGUUUUUGGAUAUUUAGGGAGUUAGGUGGACCAUGACUCUCUCUCUUUUUUUUUUAAGUGUUCCAUGGGCUGAAAAACGUUUGUGAAACACUGAUGACCCCCCCCCCCAUAAAAAUUGAAGUAAAUCCUACAAAGGUCCAGCAAAUAUCUUGAAAUUUGAUGGACUUAAACUUCAGUCUGUAUAUGAUCAUUCUCCAAAGGUUCAGUUACCUUGGUCGCUUUGCAUAAAAGUCAUGUUCUUUCAAAAUAAUGCUCCAAAUGGUAUGAUUUGUCAGUGAGAUAGGCCUCCAGGCAGAGUAUCUUUUCCUUAGUUGACCAAGACAUGUUGAGGAAGACGACUGGAACAAUAGUCUCUCUCUUUCUCUCUCUCGCUCUCACACUCACACACACACACACACACACCCUGCUGGCUAUGAUGGAUUAACUUCCCCCACAAUCAUUGAGGUCAUUUAUCAGUGUACUAGAAUGAGCUGAAACAAAUGAGACAGAGGAAAUGUCACAAAAAUGUUAACUUCAUUCAAAUGUUGAGGACAUUGUUAUAUUUAUGCUAACCUGAUAUUUUGGGGGUGGGGGGGGGGGCAUCUCACAGUGUUGGCUAUGGUAGUUUAAAACCACUAUGUGUAGGAUUAUGUCCUCUGCAUGUCUUUUGACUGCUCCCAUUUUGCAAAUGGUCACCACAGUAAAUUCAAUAUGGAGCCACAUACAGGUUUGGCACAUUUUGCGCCCCUCCUGAUGCCCCUCCAGCUGUACAUAGAGACCGGGGCACAGGUGGUGAACCAGGACCUUCUAUUUUGGAGGCAAGCAUGCCAUCACUUCCUAGCCCUUCUUUCACAGUCUUCUAAUGGUAAAAACUUUUAAAAAAGUUAAUCAAAAACAAUUAAAAUAUAAAGGUUAAAAAUGUGUAAUAAAAAUGGUACAUGUUUAGAAAAAUUUGAUGACACAAGAUAAAACUAGUGCAACAUAUGUACCACUUUCAGAUCGUUCAUCUGAGUAUCCUAGCAUGCAUUGCUGCUAGCUACAGUGUGUUUUGUGAUGCUAACAGUGGUGGGUGUGAUGUGGUCUGAAUGUUUUGUAAUGCUACACAUAGUGGCUUUAACACACUCGAGCAGAUGUUACUUUUUUUUUUGGUAUGUUAGCAUUUGACCUACAGAUUUCACGCUCACUGUUAAUGGUGUAACUGACAUAUCACACUGACGCGGAGCCACAUCUUCACAGUGCUAAUGCACACACACCCAAGAAGACCAGCUAGCACCCUCUAGCACCGCUAAGCCUUUACCGUUUGUGUCAAUAAAUGUAAGAAAAGUGAACGUUUGAGUUGAACGGUGGACUAUCUGUCGUUGACAUGCCCAUGUGUUUCUGAGUAAUGCAUUUUGGAGAACUGCACCAUGUGCUAAGUAUCACGUCUGUUGUACAAAUUAUAUUGUUUUCCACCCUGAAUUCAAUUUGUUAUAAUAACAAAAUGCUUUGUAUGCAUACAUGUAUUUUUUCCUAUUAGCAGCCUGUGUUCACGUGUGAUGUCUCGGUAUGUAUGUGUGUUUUAACAAAUGGCUUUAUUAAAACCUGUCACAGACUCACCACUGUACUGUAACUAGACAGUAGAAUAAGUAGAUGAUACAGGCUAUUUGCUGACAUUAAAAGUAUAAUCGCUGA